ACGUCGCGUCGCAGUUAGCUAAACAAUCACAGUAAGAUGGCGCUGUGUGUAGUGGCGGACGGGGGAUCUCACAGUAUGGAUAAGAGCAUUACACUCCCCCCAGAUGAAAUCUUCCGCAACCUGGAGAACGCCAAGAGGUUCGCUAUAGAUAUAGGUGGCUCUUUGACAAAACUGGCCUAUUACUCAACUGUUCAGCACAAAGUUGCCAAAGUCAGGUCAUUUGAUCAUUCAGCGAAGGUAAGCUUGCAGGAAACAGAUGGAGACCCUCUUUAUGAGAUAUCCGUACAGGAAGAGAUUACUGCCCGACUCCACUUUAUCAAGUUCGAGAAUGCCUAUAUUGAAACUUGCCUGGAUUUUAUUAAGGACCAUCUGGUCAACACAGAAACCAAAGUCAUCAAAGCCACAGGUGGAGGGGCGCACAAGUUUAAAGACCUGAUCGAGAAAAAGAUAAAGCUCAAAGUGGACAAAGAGGAUGAGAUGACUUGUCUUAUAAAGGGCUGUAACUUUGUGCUGAAGAACAUCCCCCAUGAAGCUUUUGUAUAUGCUAAACAUGCCGACUCUGAGUUCCGUUUCCAAAAUACACACCCAGACAUCUUCCCCUACCUUCUUAUAAAUAUUGGCUCUGGAGUAUCGAUAGUAAAGGUUGAAUCAGAGGACAAAUUUGAGCGUAUUGGGGGAAGUUCUAUAGGUGGUGGUACUUUUUGGGGUCUUGGAGCUUUACUCACAAAAACUAAGAGGUUUGAUGAGCUUUUGCAGUUAGCUUCCAAAGGACAACACACAAAUGUGGAUAUGCUUGUUAAAGACAUCUAUGGAGGAGCUUACAGUUCCCUGGGCUUAACUGGCGACCUCAUUGCAAGCAGUUUUGGCAAAUCUGCCACCACGGAUAAAGAGUUCUCCAAAGAAGACAUGGCAAAGAGUCUACUCCACAUGAUAAGCAAUGACAUCGGACAACUGGCCUGCCUUUACGCCAAACUACAUAACCUAACCAGAGUGUAUUUUGGAGGAUUCUUCAUUCGUGGACACCCCGUCACCAUGCACACCAUCACCUAUAGCAUCAACUUCUUCACCAAGGGUGAGGUGCAGGCUUUGUUUCUAAGACAUGAAGGCUAUCUUGGUGCUAUUGGGGCCUUUUUGAAAGGGGCAGAAGAGGACAACCCUAACCUGUACAGCUGGGGAGAGAACUACGCUGGAAGCUCUGGUCUCAUGAGUGUAUCUCCAGAACUGAACCCUGUGCAACGGGCCCGUAGUGGAACAUUUGACAUGCUGGAGAUGGACCGUUUGGAGAGGCAGCUAGUCAACUUGCCCCUGUUGCAGGACCCGUCCUCUUAUAUUCCAGACACAGUGGACCUGACUGAGGAUGCUUUGGCUCGAGAGUACUGGCUCUAUUGCUUUGAGGAGGCAUUGGAUCGGGUGGUAAAGCGAGCUGUGGCUAGCCAGAGAGACCAGCCUGAGGCUGCCGAGAGGGCGGAAAAGUUUCGGCAGAAAUACCGUCACAAACUCCAAACUCUCCGGCACCAGCCUUUUGCUUAUGGAUCCCUCACCGUCCGAAGUCUUUUAGACACAAGAGAACACUGUUUAAAUGAGUUCAACUUUCCUGACCCCUACUCUAAGAUAAAGCAGAAGGAGAAUGACAUGGCACUGAAAUACUAUCUGAAGGUGGUGAAGUCAGUAGAGGAGCUGAGCUGGGAGCAAAGACAGUUCGCUCUGGUCAAAGGCCUUUUGGCUGGCAACGUUUUUGACUGGGGAGCCAAAGCCGUUUCAGAUAUGCUUGAAUCAGAUCCAGAAUUUGGGUUUGAACAAGCAAAACAACAACUGCAAGAGCGGCCGUGGCUUGUAGAUGCCUACAACCAGUGGAUUGAGAGAUUAAAGGGUCCUCCUCAUAAAUGUGCAUUGUUUUUCGUAGAUAAUAGUGGAAUAGACAUUAUACUCGGGGUUUUCCCUUUCAUUAGAGAACUCCUCAUCAGGGGCACAGAGGUCGUGCUUGCCAGCAACUCUGGCCCUGCCCUGAAUGAUGUCACAAAUGGUGAGCUGCAGAUCCUAACGGAAAGAAUAGCUGCCAUGGACCCUGUCAUUCAGGCUGCACUCAAAGAGGACAGGCUUGCUUUGGUGCAGAAUGGUUCUAGCUCUCCUUGUUUAGACUUGAGUCGCCUCGACAAAGUCCUGGCCACAGUCGUCAGGGAGCGUGGCACAGAUCUGGUGAUCAUUGAAGGUAUGGGCCGGGCCAUCCAUACAAACUACUAUGCCAUGCUAAGCUGCGAGAGCCUUAAACUGGCUGUCAUCAAGAACUCCUGGUUGGCCGAGCGUCUUGGAGGCAAGAUCUUCAGUAUAGUCUUUAAAUAUGAAGUCCCUUCUAAAUCCCAAGGGCUACAUUAGGGAAAUAAACAUUUUUUAGAGGUGAAUGCUGAGAGCUGGAAUGUUUGGCUUCUUUGUGCUUUCUUAGAUUCUGUGUAAGAUUGACAAGAUGAUUGUAUUUGAGUGGGGGUGGGGGGAAUGUUUUUUUUUUUUUUUUAAUGUAAUAAUAAAGGGGCAAUCGUGCGUGCCUGCUCUGAAAUUAAAUGUGCGCGUCUGCCGUGGCCUCCCGUAUAACAAUUGGAUGACAGCUGUAGGAGCUUUUUCUUGUAAUGAGAUUUAAUUUUAUUGUUCUCAGGCCAGAUUCUGUUGCUGAUGGACACUCCAUUGGAUUCAGGAUUGAUUGCAAUGACAAUAUGAUGUUUAUGAACGGUUUUAGCUUGUGUAAUGAGGACCUUUAAUGUUAAAUUUACCAUGACCAAACAUAUAUAAAAAAUAUAAUUAAUUAAUUUAUGAAAUGUGGCUCUUUCUAUUGAAGCAUUGAAAAAGGUUGCAAGGAACAUUGACAUUCUGUCAUUGUAGACUGUUUUAGAAGUCUUUUUAAAUCUGAGCAUUUUCUGAAUUUUCAUUUUUUGACUAGCAAUCUGGUUUCAAAGGAAAGUAGUAUGUCUCUAAUUAUUAUUUAGAUCACUCCCACACUCAUACAUAUCUCAUUCAGAUAGCAUUGUAUUUUAAUGGCUAGCACCUCUGUUCCCAUAACAACAUGUUGUAGUGACAAUGAUUUUGCGUUCUUUUGAUACAUUGGGCUUUGUUGAUGUAUUCCCACUGUGGAGACAUCAAGCUAAAUAUGUAUUAUGUAUAUGUGCCUUGAGCUUGUAGGAAACACAGUGGCCCAAUUGAAGUGAAUAACACUAGAUUCUUAUGUAAUAGUACACUUGGCCUUUGGAAAAACUGCAUUACAGAAUUUACAGAUUCUGUCCCCACACACGGACAAAGACAGACAAAAGUAUUAUAAAGGGUUGUGCAUCCAUUAACACUAGAUGUCAGUGUUGUUAUAUAAUAAGUUCCAUACAAAUAUCUAUUUUGAUUAGAUAGAUGCUAGAUAGACUUUUUUUCCUCCUCAAUUCUUCAGGUUUCGUGCUGUAGGAAAAGUGAGACAACACAUUCUGCAGUGCCUGCUUUAGAUAUUGCGGCAUUAUAAUGUAAUACACUUGUCUUCAACUCAAGUGCAGCUCACUUUCUACCAUUUGUGGAAACCUUUAUAAUCUACAAUGCAGUUCAUUGCCUCACGAUCACAGCUCUUUUUAUUUCUGGGAGAGAGACAGAGAUUGAGAGUAUUUUCUGUCUAAAAUCAGUUCACCCAAAAAUACGAAUUCUAUCAUCAUUUACUUGCCCUCAUGCCAUCCCAGAUGUGUAUGAUUUCUUCUGCGGAACACAGAUGAAAAAUUUUAGAAGAAUAUCUCAGCUCUGUAGGUCCAUACAAUGCAAGUGAAUGGUGACCAGAACUUUGAAUCUCCAAAAAGGCCGCAAAAAAGUAAUCCAUAAGACUCCAGUGGUUAAACCUUUAUCUUCUGAACUGAUAUGAUUGGUGUGGGUGAGAAACAGGUCAAUAUUUAAGUGUUUGUUUGUUUUUUUACCAUAAAUCUUCACUUACACUUUCACAUUCUUCUUUUGUUUUUUGGCAAUUCACAUUCUUUGUGCAUAUCGCCACCUAUUGGUCGGGGCUGGUCAAAGGUGGAGAUAUAUAGAAAAAAAGGUCUUAAAUAUUGAUCCUGUUUCUCACCCACACAUAUAUUGCUUCUGAAGACAUGGAUUUAACCACUGGGGUCUUAUGGAUUACUUUUAUUCUGACUUUAAAAUUCUUCUUUUGUUUUAGCAUUCACGUUCUUCAUACAUAUCGACACCUACUUGGCUGGGAGGAGAAUCUAUAGCAAAAAAGGACUUAAAUAUUUAUCUGUUUCUCACCCACACUUAUGAUAUUGCUUCCGAAGAUAUGCAAUUAUGCUGCCUUUAUUACAGAACUUUCAGACAUAAAAUAUUCAAUCCCUAGUACACAUAUCUAUACCACAUAUACCACAUAUUAAUUUUAUACCACAUAUCAAAUAUUAUUUUACAGAUAUGUAGCAUUACAAAUAUAUAUACUGUAUAUACACUCACCGACCACUUUAUUAGGAACAUCUGUACACCUACAUAUUCAUGCAAUUAUCUAAUCAGCCAAUCUUGUGGCAGCAGUGCAAUGCAUAAAAUCAUGCAGAUACGGGUCAGGAGUUUAAGUUAAUGUUCACAUCAGCCAUCAGAAUGGGGGGAAAAAUGUGACCUGUUGGUGAUUGUUGGUGCCAGAUGGGCUGGAUUGAGUAUUUCUGUAACCACUUCAAAGGUCUGCUCACCAUUCACUUGCAUUGUAUGGACCUACAGAGCUGAGAUAUACUUCUAAAAAUCAUUUUUGGGUAAACUCUCCCUUUGGGUGAACUACUUUCAGUGUUUAAGUAUUACACAAUCGUUAGUAAAAGUCAGUGCAAAGUACUUUCAGGGCUAUGUUACAUAGUAAGAAGCACAGAUUGAUUCUGUCAAUGUAUGAUUUUUCUUCAGUUGUUUAUGUAUGUGUUUAUGUAUAUAUGUGUGGCCCACAUAAACAAAAUGUGUCAUUAAUUGCAUACUAAUUGGGUAGAUGCUACCUUUUUUUCAGUAUUUUAAGCACAGUGUGUACAACAUCAACCUCACUAAAGUUUUUUUGCACUGAUGGUCCAGAAUGUUGCCUGGAAAUGGCCAUCAAAUGGACAUUGCUAAUACCUUAAUCAAGGUGCUCUCUCAGACUAAAGUGGUUUGUACAGUACUCAUUCAUCUUCUGUCCAAAGCCUGAUUUACUAAUGCAUUCAUUUUGUGAAAUGUGUAAAAUCAACUGUAAAUAUAAUGUAAGCAUGUACAUAAAAUGUACUGUUAAUUUGGAUAUUUUGACACAUAUACUGUAAGAUGCUCAGUAUUUUAGAAAAAUAUGCUCACCUGACAAUCAUAUGUAAUCCUAUGUUAAAUAUAAUUACAAUGUCUUCACUCAACUUGGGUCUCUGUUUUUCUGCAUUUCUACAGAAUGGAUUUGAACAGAGUAAAAUGUGUUAGCCAGAGCUGAGAAUUCUAUUAUUGGUUGUUAAAAGCAUUUUUAAGUUAGGCAAGAAAAAGGUGUUUAAAUUCUACAGGCACAGAUUCUGUUUUUUAAAUGCCAGUUGCAGUGUGUGGCAGGGCGGAGGGUGGGGCCCGGUCGUGAUUCUGCAUACCCCGCCCCUAAUUAUGCUGAAGCCCGAGAGGGAUAAAGGCGACCGGAGACGGCAGUGUGACAGAGAGAGAGUGAGUUAUGGGCAGCUGCCCGACACCUGUGUGUGUGUGUCUUUUGGUUCAGUUUAUUAUUAAAAUAUGAUUUAUAUUAUCAA